AUGAUACGACAGCUUGUAAGGGAUCUACAUAUCAACUUGAGAAAAUGCCAUCUACCGUCAACAUCAACACUACAAAGUUAUGGUCUUGCAUCCUUACACUACCAGACAUUGAGGUCAUCUAAAUAUUCAUUCAAACUACAAUGCAGAUCAUACGCCACUUUUGAUUAUGCAAGUGCCCCUUCUAAAGAAAUGGUUGCCAGUUUUUUUGAUCAUCAAUAUGUUAGAAUAAAUACUUGGAUAUUCAAAGAUGAUGAACAUAGACAAUCCUUUUUAAAUUAUCUACAAAAUCAAUCUUCUUUCACCAAGGAUGAAAUAAAGGAAGUUGUUGAGCUCCAUGGCAGAUUAGUUGAAGUAUUAAACGAACUUCAAAUUGGUUUUCCAUUUUUAGAAAAGAUGUGGGAUGCAAUAUUCAAUCGUGUUGUAUCCGACAAUUCUGUCACUGUCUUGCAGAAAGCAAUAAUUGAAGGAAGAGAUCUGCUUACAAAUGUAUUGAUACGUUCAGCGAGGUAUGAUUUGUACAAGAAAAUUGUUGCUCCUAGAUUAAUUCAUUUCCAAAGUUCUCCCAACAAAAGCGAUGAGCUUAUAGAAAUUAUUCAAUUGCAAUCAACUGAGCAUGCUGGAAUAACGUUCAAUUCUAAAAAUAUAGAAAACUACCUUUUGGAUAAUAAGAACAAUAACCUAAUAAUGAAACAACAAUUAAUUACAUUAAUAAUUUGUACUAGUUUAAACCUCAAUCGUGGAUUGCAGUACACUAAAAGAGACUAUACAGCACAGAUAUAUUUGAUUGAAAAUUUUAUUGCAUGGACUAAAAUGAUAGAAAAUGGUGAAUGGUUUUGUAACCCUGAUGCUACUCAAUAUGAUGAAGUAUUGAAAUUAAUUGGCAUACCGCCAGGAGAUUUUCGAAUAGAAGAGUACUUACAAGAUAUUUUGAAAGUAGUGGAGAAAGAAUUUCACACCAAGAAUCUGUACAUAUUCAUCACUUCUAUAAUGAGAACAUUGGUUGAAAAGGCGCCACAUUUGACAUAUAAAUAUUUUUAUUUCAAGGAUGCUCAAAUCAGACAACGAUCAUUAGAUCGAUCGAAUGUGUUGAUACGGGACGAUUUGACUUAUACCAUGCAGGCAUGUUUAAAAUUUGAUAGUCAAAGACUUUUUGACUUAUACAAAAACAACCAAGAUUUGCAUGAUGGUGAUGAAGGUGAUCAAGAGUCAUUAAUACUUGAGUUAUCUAAACUCACUAAAGACUGGAAUGCAUUGCAAAAGAAAUUUGAAAGUAUGUAUGGCCGAGGAAAUUUACCGUUAACUGUUCAUUACGGUAUUGCAAUGCAAGCCUUGAACACAUUACAAGCAGAUGAAGAAUUGGAGAGAUUGUAUGAACAAUUACAGAAACGUGGAUUACAUUUGAAUUCUACAGUUAUGGAUGCAUUGAUAAGAUCAAAAAUUAGACUCCAAGAUCAAACAAGAGUUGUCGAAUUGUUUGAAAUAUAUGCCCAAAUGAGUGCUCAAGGUAAAGCAGAUCCUAAAAGUAUUCAAACGUUGUUUCCUUUGAUAUUGAAUAUCCCUAUGCGGAAUAGAGAAACGCCAUUGGUGUUCGAUUAUUUAAAGCAGUAUUUACAAAGGGAGAAAGAAACUGGGCAUACUUUUAUUAAUGGUUCCACUUUCCAAAAGGUUAUGCAGUAUGCAGCUGGUAUACCUUCAAUAAAAACCAUAGAAGCAACUAAAAAUUUGGUGGAAGAAUACGGAAAGCAUAGCACCGAAUAUUAUGUUGGAUUGAUUUCAGCAUACUCAAACUUAGAUCAAUUUGAAAGGGCGGAUAAUAUUGUGUACGAAGCCCACAGGAUGUCUAGAAUUCCGUUUGGGGAAAUUCAAAUAUGGGCACUGCAGUUGAAGAAUAAUAUGAGGUGGAGAAUACGAUCUCCUGAUACAAUAACAACAAGAUAUAAUGAAAUAAAAAUUGAUUUUAUAACCAGGAUGAGUUUUUGUUCUAAGCUCCAACUUUUUUAUGAUCCAGGUGGGAUUUCGUUAAUUAGUGAUAUAAUACAGAAUUUGCAUAAUAAUAAUAAGCAUAGAGAGGAACUGAUUUUAUUUCGUCGCUCAAGGAUAUUGCAACUCAGGGAUGAAAGGAUCUAUACUACAAGAUUGAACUCUUUACGGAGAAAUUUUGAAUGGUAUGAAAUUUUAAAAGAAUUCGAUGAAAUGAAUGGUAAAAACAUUUUGAUCACAGCUAGGACGUACAGGUUUGUGUUGGCAGCGGUUUUGAACUUGGAUGCCAAGGCAGGGUCUGGUUUUGAUAACUCAACUGAUAUGCUAAAGCAGGUUUUAAGAUUCUACGGAUUGAGUAAUGAGAGCACUAAAAAUGACCACUUGUCUUUGGAAGACGAUGUUUUGUACUUGGCAAGAAUGGUUAUUGAUUUUGUUGACAUUGUUGGUCCCGAACAAAGCUCUACACUAUAUUUGAACUUUGUCAAACAGAUUUAUGAUAAAUUGGGUAAAAAUCUCGACUACAGGCUCAGCUUAAUAUUGUAUGAAGGGUUGGUUAAUGUUUUCCAUGAAGAUAAAACUACAAUGACUAAAGAAUAUCAAAGAUUAGGAGAACUUGUUGAUAGCUACAUUAAAGAUUAUCCAUUCAAAGAAGUCCCUAUAUUGCCAUAUCAUGUAUCUCAGUACUACGGGAAAAUGUUGGUGAAAUGGUUGAAUACUCAUACUCCAACUCAUGCAGAUGACAUUAAGAUCCUCCACGUUUUGCAAUCUGGUGUCAAACUCGAGACAAACCAGUAUACCAGUGUAUUAAAAUACUUUCUAGACAAGCUUGAUGAUGAUGAGAACUACCUAGAUCAAGUAUUGAAGAUUUUGGAAGAUAAUUUAGUUCAUGGUAAUUUAGAUGAAUAUAGAUCCUAUCUUGAAAAACAGUUGUGCUACAAAAUCUGUUUGAAAUACUUGAUGGACAAUUAUGGUGAUGAGGAGGCCAACUUCACAUCAUAUAAAAUAUUGAAUGACUUUUAUGAUAUUCCUGGUCCCGAUCAAGUUAGAAAAGAUUUGGAAAACACUAAUAUUACUAAUUUUUUACGAAGCCCAUCUGGAAGACUUUUUAAUAUCAAAACCAAUCCUUAUGGUUUCAAGUCGAUGAGUCACCAUAAAUUUUUGGAUUAUUUUAAUCCUGAACGUGUGGCUCAAAAAGGUCCAUUUGCUUCAAAUGACUUGAUACUCUUACUACGGAUUAGAAUUCUUGAAAGCUGUCGAAAUGACAUAGACAAACUAAGAGCAUUUUUCAAAAAGCACCCAAAGAUUAUGGAUUUUGUCAUGACGGAUAAGUCAAAAAUUUUGCCCCUGAAAUUCAAAGGGUUCAGAGCAAUAAUUGAUGAUAUUUCACCACUAGGAAAUCUAAAUUGGAAACAAAAUAGAAUAGCAAGAGCAAGCAGGGUAUUAAAAAGUUUGUUGUUAGAUACAAAAUAUCAAAUGUUUAUUUCAGCAGACGCAGAUCAAUCUACACCCAUGCUAACCAAACUGCCACAACACGAUCUUUAUGAAUAA